UGCUGGCGGCCUUGCUUCUUCAGGAGCUAUGAUGAUUCGCUUUCUCCCUUGUUUCCUCCCAGCAUUGAGCUGCAACGAGAAUGACGGGGACCCCCUGGAGCGAAACCAGCAGUACCCCAGCAACCAGAAAACCAAGCGCAUGAGGACGUCGUUCAAGCACCACCAAUUGCGGACAAUGAAGUCUUAUUUUGCUAUUAACCACAAUCCCGAUGCCAAGGACUUGAAACAGCUGGCUCAGAAAACAGGCUUGACGAAGAGGGUUCUGCAGGUCUGGUUCCAAAACGCACGUGCGAAAUUCCGGCGGAACCUCUUACGCCAAGAGAACACGGGGGUGGACAAGACGUCGGACUCAACCCUCCAGGCCGGCACGCCUUCGGGCCCCGCCUCCGAAAUCUCCAACACCUCCAUGAGCCCGUCUAGCACGCCGACCACUUUAACGGACUUGACGAACCCCAGUAUCCCAUCCCUCACCUCGGUCUUGACCUCGGAGGUCCACGAAUCUCGGAGCCCUUCACAGACGACGCUCACAAAUCUGUUCUGA